CAAAAUGCUCGAAAUGGACCCUCAGAUUGAACUCGUCCCACCAGAGUUCUUGGGCGUGCUUCUAGCGGGCUUCGGCAACGAACUUACGCCGUUAACCAGUGAUCACGGCGACGAAGCAUGCCCUAAAGCUCUACUUCCUUUGGCAAAUAUCCCAAUAGUUGACUACACACUCUCCUGGCUGGACCAAGCUGGUGUCAAAGAUGUUCUGUUGAUCUGUCCUACAAUCCAUCGCCCGGCUAUCUCUCAUCACAUCCUCUCGCAUCCAUAUGCCUCCCUUCAUGUCGAUAUUCAGUCAUAUGAGGAGACUGCUGACAGCGGAGUCGGAACAUGCACUAUUUUGCGCCAUUUCGCGUCGAGGAUCCCAAGGGAUUUCAUCCUCGUGCCUUGCGACUUCAUCCCACCUCAAUCUCUACCCCUCACUACCCUGCUGAAUCGAUUCCGGGUAGACUCGGUGUCUGAUGGUCUCGUUGCUACAACAUGUUGGUUCACACCAACAAAAGCCGAAAAAAGCACGACCCCGGACGAGUGGGGACAGAUCGCACCCACUACCUCGAUUGUAUGGGAUCGCAGUUCCGAAACACUUCUGUAUGUGGAUACUGCCGACGAUCUGGAUAAUAACUCCGAAGAAGUGGAAUUGAGGAUGUCUUUACUUGCAAAGUAUCCGAGAACGUCUCUAUCCUCCAAUGUUCAAGACUCGCAUGUAUAUAUCUGCAAGCGCUCUGUCUUGGAUGUCUUGCACGAGAAAGAGCAUUUCGAUUCUUUUCGGGAAGAAUUUCUUCCGUGGCUCUGCAAGGUCCAGUACCAACGUGGGAAAAGACAAAGAUAUGAACACAUCCUCGCCAGUUCUGCGGACGGAUCUCAAAAUACCGCCCUGAAACAUUCGACACUUGGUUCCGUGCCUUCACAGCACCGAACACAGCAUCUUUCCGUAAACAAGAGUAGUGCAACAUCUGCACCGCAGUCGCCAAAUGGCGUUGAGGGCAGCAUUGAGCCCGCUCCCAGUCUUCGGGUGGGACUCUAUGUUCAUCCAGCCGGGAAGGGCAUCAUCGCCCGAGUGAACAAUAUACACUCCUUCAUGGAACUGAAUCGACAUUCAUUGUCGUCUGCUAGUUAUGCACUGCCCACCGACCCCAAGGAUCGAGCUCUGAUUGACCAGAAGGCUCAGAUAUCGGGGGACACCAUCAUCGGCCAAUCCACCAGAAUCGACGAACGGACGACUGUCAAGAAAUCCGUCAUCGGACGUCAUUGCACAAUUGGCAAAAUGGUCAAGAUUAUAGGGUGCGUGCUGCUCGAUCACUGUGUCGUCGAAGACGGUGUCAAGCUGGAUGGGUGUAUUCUGGGGAAGAACACCAAAGUUGGGGCCAAGGGCGAGCUCGUCCGUUGUGUGACACAAGCUGGCUAUGAAGCGGCAGCAGGAGAGACUUUCAAAAAUGAGAAGCUCGAGGUUUCAGACUGGACAGCAGCAACCGAUACCGCGACAUCAGAUGGAGAGGAAUCUGACUGAUGCAGAAAAUCUAAUAAAAUACAUCUAAAUAUUCUUAGAAACGCCAGUGCCACCGUCUCGAGCAGGAGUCUGCAGGAGUUGAGGGACAGAGGCGAUUCUGAUUAAUGGCGCAAACCAGUCGUCUCCUUUUCAUGUAACAGGCCAGCGACACACACUUGAGAAAUCGGCUUUAGCCUCGAAGACAUUUAAUUCGUUCAGUAGUCAUAAACAGCCGUAGCCUGCAAGCUUUCUCUCACGUGCGGACAUAGACUGAUCGCGGCAAAAAGUGAAACUGAAAGAGAUGAUUCUGCAAUCGAUUGCCGAGCUGCGAGAUAUGUGGCUGUGAAGGUCAGGAAUGGAAGACACAAGGACUGGGAACACGGUUUCAGACGCGUCGCCUUGUCUUCUUCGUAUCUGUCUUGUCUUACUUGUCGACUCGCCACCUGGCACCCAUCCUGAUCCCCUGUGAGGUAAUUCCUACAUCUCAUACAUAACGCUUCACGCCUGAUCCGCUUCUUGCGCUACCACUCAGUCUUUGCCACCCAGACAGUCCAUGGAUCGGUGAGCCGGCGAGCCCUUCGUCGACGGCUAAUUCUCAUUUCGACAUCGUUCCAGAUACGAAAAGGUGGAGAAAGUUGGCAAGUCUCUUGCGGUCUCCUAUUGUGCUCCUUAUUCAUAGCUCGCCAGGUGAAGGUGUGUCCAGGCCGCGACAGAUGCAUGUCGCCUCGACCCAUCGCGUUCCUAUUCAGGCACGUAUGGUGUCGUUUAUAAGGCCCACGACAAACCUACGGGGGCCGUCGUAGCCUUGAAGAAGAUUCGUCUGGAGUCCGAGGACGAGGGCAUACCGAGCACGGCCAUUCGAGAGAUCAGUCUACUGAGGGAGUUGAACAGCCCUUAUAUUGUCAGGUUACUUGAUAUUGUUCAUGCCGACCAGCGACUAUACCUCGUUUUCGAGUUUCUAGACGUCGAUCUCAAGCGCUAUAUCGAGAACGGCAAUCGCGACCAGUCGCCCAUUGCACCCCAUAUUGUCAAGAAAUUCACUCAACAUAUGGUCUCUGGCUUGCGAUUUUGUCACGGACAUCGCAUCCUCCAUCGUGACCUGAAGCCUCAGAAUCUUCUCAUCGCACAGGAUGCCACAGGCCAGCGCGAUGAACAUGGUAAUAGUGAAGUCCUCAAAUUGGCAGACUUUGGACUUGCUCGAGCUUUUGGUCUACCGAUGAGGACAUACACUCACGAAGUGGUCACUCUGUGGUAUCGAGCGCCAGAAGUGUUGCUAGGUGCUCGGAAUUACAGCACAUCACUUGACAUUUGGAGUGUGGGAUGUAUUCUGGCUGAGAUGGCCAUGCGCGGGGCACCCUUGUUUCCUGGAGACUCCGAAAUUGACCAAAUUUUCCGGAUUUUCCGCAUCAUGGGCACUCCGAACGAGACUAUGUGGCCUGGAAUCGAGAAGUUGCCAGAUUACAAGGCGACAUUUCCGAAAUGGACUGCGCAGGACCUAGCGCGGGUGGUGCCGUCCCUUGAUGAAGAUGGAGUCGAUCUGCUCAGGGUACGAGACCCUUCUACACCGUUUGCGUCUGCCUGAACAGUGGUUCCGAAGCAAACCCUCGUUUACGAUGCUGCACUGCGUAUUUCAGGUGAGAUGCGUUGGGGAUCUAUGAAGUCGGCUGAUCUUUGUCUAGCAAAACGCGCGAUGAAUCACCCAUAUAUCGUUGGAGGGUUUCCUUCUCCUUAAUCGUUUCAUUUGCUGCACGUCGCUGUCUUUUUGCUCUCCAGUUCUGCUCUCUUGGCACCCUGAACAAAUACAUUCCUGACAGGCACUUCCACCCUUAUCAUACGCACCCUCCCUCAUGUACAAUAGAAGCACUGUUUCAGUCGAGAAUUGAAGAGAAAAGAGAUAGCAGUUAAUGGUCAAUGUACACGAUACAUAAUGCAGAUGAUGCUUAUCCUGUCCUCGACGGCAUUUCGUUACCCAAGCCUUGCGCGAAUCUUGCUCCUCGGCCCCGAGCGCCGCCU